CUCGUUUACAUUUGAAUUCUCGAACCGUUCCCCUUUUUGCAUUUUUUGUUUUCCUCAGACUGUACUCUCUCCAUCUCUCGCUCUAUAUUCCUCGCAAUUUCUCUCUCUAGUUCCCCCCCUGUUCAGCAUUCGCAGAUCUCUCUAAUCUCUCCGGUAUCGGAUUCAUAUAUCUGGAUCCGUUUAUGACCGUUUGCUGCCUCCGACCGCCGGCUUCUUCGACAUCCUUUCAGAUUCUGAUGAUUGCGGCGGUGUUCCAUUGGAUCCCUGCCCACGGAUUGUAGACAUGCGUAUAAUGCAUUGGGGAAGACAUUCUAGAGAGAAUAGCCAAACUGUGGGUAUUGGGGCAUGCAGAUUUUCCUUUUUAUUUAACAACCAUGCAAAGUGACAGAGCUAGCUACAUACCCACAGAUGGAGUUAGCACUAGUUUGCAAAGAGUUCGGCCUCUGCACGGGAGAACAACUGGGCCAACAAGGCGUUCAACAAAGGGUCAAUGGUCACCAGAAGAGGAUGAGAUUUUGUGCAAGGCUGUUCAACAAUUUAAUGGGAAAAACUGGAAAAAGAUUGCCGAAUGCUUCAAGGACAGAACAGAUGUACAGUGUUUACACAGGUGGCAGAAAGUUCUCAACCCUGAACUUGUCAAAGGUCCAUGGUCUAAAGAGGAGGAUGAAAUAAUAAUUGAGAUGGUUGAUAAAUAUGGUCCAAAGAAAUGGUCCACCAUUGCACAACAUUUACCAGGGCGGAUAGGAAAGCAAUGCCGUGAAAGGUGGCACAACCAUCUUAAUCCUUCAAUAAACAAAGAAGCCUGGACACAAGAGGAGGAGUUAGCUCUCAUCCGUGCUCAUCAAAUUUAUGGAAACAAGUGGGCGGAGUUGACUAAGUUUUUGCCUGGAAGGACAGACAAUGCAAUUAAAAAUCACUGGAACAGCUCGGUGAAGAAAAAAUUGGAUUCAUAUUUGGCAUCAGGUUUACUUUCACAGUUCCCAGCUUUCCCUAACGUCAAUAAUGCCAACCAGAUGAUGUUGUGCACCACUUCAAUGAAGCAACCACAAAGCAGUGAAGACAGAAGUGGUUGUAGAGAGGGAAAAGAAGUGGAUGAAGUUUCUGAGUGCUGCAGUCAAGGCUCAACUUUGGCUGGUGGUUCUCAAUCUACUACUGAAAUGGGAAGCUCGGUUGUACAUGCAACAAAUGAGGAGAGGGAGGUGAAGGUGGAUACAAGUCAUGAGAAGGAUAAAAAAACACUUAAUGCUUUUCAAGAAGUUGCUUCUUCUUCUCAAUUCAUCGACCAAACUGUUGGGAAUGAGAUUGGAGCUUCUGUGUCAAAAGAUUGCCGACUUAAACCAGACAGUAUACCCGAUAUAUCUGAGCUGGAUUUGAUCCAGGUUCAAUCAGGAUUCUAUAUGCAGUUUUUAACUAGUUGUGAAGACCAUGGAGUUCCCAUGUCACAAAAUGCUAUCGAUUUGGGUAACGUCAAUCACGUAGAAUGUUCUGAUAUUCAAGAUGGCAUGUUUAACAUGGAGAGUGGCCUUUGUGGGAUUAUACACACCGGAGGAACAGAAAAUCACCAGUGUUGUUUUCCGAACUCUGGCAAUGGUACUAUUAGCGGUGUUGAGGAAUCUUUUCAAGUUCCUGUUAUGUUUGGUGUUGAUUCGCACCAAUUAAUCAAUUCAUCUGUUGAAGAUGUAAGGCAAGAUGCAGUUACAUGCGACAAUUCUGUAAACAUGAGUGUUGGCGGUAAUGGAACAGACAGUCAUGGCCCGAACAACCAAUUAGAUCAGUACACUCAGGAAAACGAUCCUCAAACGAUCCUCAGAGAAAACGUUCAUGUGAAUGAUUUUGGUCAAACUAUAUUUCCCGUCAAUGAACAACAACACAUUGUGAAAGAAGAGAAAAGGGAUCCUGGAAGUUUGUGUUACGAGCCGCCUAGAUUUCCUAGCUUGGAUGUUCCAUUCUUCAGCUGUGAUCUUAUCCAGUCCGGCACUGAUAUGCAACAAGAGUAUAGUCCCCUUGGUAUACGCCAGCUGAUGAUGUCAUCCACAAACUGCCUAACCCCUUUUAAAUUGUGGGACUCACCAACAAGAGACACUAGCCCAGAUGCUGUCCUGAAAAGUGCUGCCAAAACUUUUAGUUGCACGCCUUCCAUAUUGAAGAAGAGGCAUCGUGAUUUGGUCUCACCAAUGUCAGAAAAGAGAAGUGAAAAGAAGCAUGAUAGUGAUCAUCUGAGUCGUGAUUUCUCUGAUCUGGCCAGGAACUUUUCUCGGUUGGAAGUCAUGGUUGAUGCUAGGGAUGUUAAGAAUGAAACUGCAUCGUCUCCAUUGAAAACCCAAAAACUUAUAUCAGAAGAUUCCAUUGAGGACAAAGAAAACAUGGACCCAGCAUCUGAAGGAACCACUGAUAGAGAUUUGGAGAUAGGGAGUAUUAAAGUUGAUGUAGAUGAUGAUGCUACUAUACAUGUACAACAAACCUCAGGGGUUCUAGUUGAACGUGAAAAAGAUGACCAUCUAUUUCUUUCUCCUGAUCAAUUCCGAUCUAAGAGCGAUAGAGUCAUAACAACCAAAGGUCUUGGAACCCCACUAUUGGAUAGAUUGGAAACAUUGUCAUCCAACAAAGGCUCUCUUUUCUCUUCAUCUGAGUCUCCUUCAUGUUUCUCUCUUGUUUGCUCGCCUCGCUUUUAUACUAAAAGGGAUGGAAGUAACUUGGCUGUAGCAACCUCUGUGCAGUCAGCAUCACAGGUUGUAGGUGAAUAUUCCGGAAACGGAGCUGGUCUUGACAACAACUACAUAAACAUGUAUGGGGAUACUCCUUUUAGAAGAAGCAUGGAAUCUCCAUCCGCAUGGAAAUCUCCGUGGUUUAUCAAUUCCUUUUUGUCCAGUCCCAGGGUCGACACAGAAAUAACAUUGGAGGAUUUUGGUUUCCUUUUUAGCCCGGGCGAGAGAAGUUAUGAUGCUAUUGGGUUGAUGAAGCAAUUGAGUGAGCAAACUGCAGGUACAUUUGCGGAUGCCCAAGAGAUACUGGGAGAUGAAACUCCUGAAAGUAUACUCCGUGGAAGGUGUUCCAAGAACACUGAUGGAAGUUCUUCCCUCUUAGCGUCUAGUCCUUUGACGGAGAGACGAACGCUGGAUUUCAGCGAAUGCGGGACCCCCGGUAAAAAAGCGGAAAAUGGGAAGUUAUCAGGUGGUAGCGGCAGCAGCGCUAUUUCAUCAAGCCCGUCAUCCUACUUGUUGAGAGAAUGCAGGUAGCCUAGCCAUCGCCUCUCUGCUGUAUCUAUCAUAUAUACACUGUAGCACAAAGAGAUGUAUUAUAUACAUGUGAGUAUAUUUAGCCUAUUGAAUCUUCAUUGCUCAUGACUGGCUAAUGAUACUGCAAGCAUCGUUUUGGUGUCUUUAUUUAAUUCAUUAUUAUUUGAAGACCUUUUUGCUACCUCAAAAAAAUGAAGAAUAUUGCAGUCACAUUUGCUUUUGUACAGUUUAAAGUUUUUUAUUACUUUAGGUGGAUUCCGAUUUGAGUAAGAAAGCCAGAAAUGGUUUAUAAGAGCAUCUCCAAUUCCCUUAGGGUCCAUUUAGUGACCAACGUGAAUCCGCUUUUGUCUCGUGAUUUGUUCUAUGGAUGAUCUCUAAUGCCAGUAUUUUAAU